CAAUGUCACGUGAUCCCAAUGAUAAAACCAAUCCUCUCUCUCUCUCUUUUCUCGUAGUCCUUUUUCCAGUCAUGGCGAUAACCGUAAACGACGACGCUCUCACGGAGAGACAAAAAAACCCCAAAAUCAUCCUUAUUAACGAUUUUGCCAUCCCCUCUUCUUCUUCAUCAUCAUCAUCACCUUUCAUCAACCUCGCCGCAACUUUCCGCGACAACAUCAGAUCGUUCCUCCAUGAAUACGCCGAGAUUGAAGAUUACACCAUCGACGGAGCCACCGUCUCUACCCUUUUCCUUGGAAACCAAGCAAACGGCGUCGUUUUCCCUCUUUACAUCAUCGAAGAACAAAUCUCUGUUUCUUCUCCAAACCCUCUCUGCGAUUUCUGUCGAUGCGUUGGUUGGGGUCAUCACUAUGUAUCGAAGAGGAAGUAUCAUAUGAUAAUACCAAAGAUUGAUGAAUGGAAUGAACCAUUGACGAGCAAAAGCUUGAAGCUUUCUUCACAUUUGAUGCAUGGUUUGAUUCAUUGCAAUGGUUUUGGUCAUUUGCUUUGUAUCAACACUGAUAUUGAUGAUCCUGCUUACCUCUCUGGUGUCCAAAUCAUGGACUUUUGGGAUCGUCUUUGCACUAUUCUUCACACUAGGAAGAUUUCUUUGGAUGAUACAUCUAAGAAGGGAGCGAUGGAUCUGAGGCUGCUCCAUGGUGUUGCAUAUGGUCGACCAUGGUUUGGGAAAUGGGAUUAUAUGUUUUCUCAUGGAAGCUUUGGGGUCAGAAAAGAUCAGUAUUGGCGAGCUAUCCUCACUCUUAGCUCUAUAGAAGUUGACAAGGUUAUUGAAGAUUUUUCUGGAACAAGUAAAGGGAGAGUGAUGAAGACGAUCAUCGAUUUCUACAGAGGAUCCAGUGAAACCCCAUUGGCCACUCUCUCUGAUCUGCUUCGGUUCAUGCUUGCUUUCAGAUCAAAAGCUCCCAUUCAGAGGAAGACUGCAAUGACACUAGUAGCAAUGUCUUUAGAUCCUGUUUCAUAUCCUAUCCUUAGAGCUGAUGAGAACACUGAGGUCUGCACAUCCCCUAAUCAGGAAUCAGAUGAUAACGGAUAUGAAUCUGGCAGAGAAACUGUCCUUGAUGAUCAUGAAAUUAGAAUGGCGGGCAUAAAGACCCCUGAGUAUUACUCAUUUGAUGAUUUGGGCAGGAGAGAAAAUUCUAGAUGGCCUGGAAGGAGGUUGAAUGAGGCAGCCCAAGCAGUUCUCAAAGUGUUUAAAGAGCGAAAAAGUACCAUUACUCGUCAGGAGCUUCGACAGGCUGUUAGAACUAGCAUUGGUGAUACAGGAUUGAUUGAUUUCUUGCUCAAACACAUUGACAAAGUUCUAAUAGGUGACCAGAUAGUGCAGAGGUUCACAAACUCGAAAAGCCGGAUGUUACAGUUCUCCCUCCGGACAAUCAAUUCCCGUGUUCAAGAGCAAGAAGGGAAAAAGAAAAGGAAAAUGAAACCGCAGGAAAUCAAUGAAUGGACAUCCACCACUCCCGGACUGAGUCCGUACGAUGACAUUCUCUAUCUGUAUCAGAAUCUCUUGUUAACUCAUCUUGAUUCAGACACAUACUGCGAAGCGUCUCAGAUUAUCUUGAACUGCAAGAGCUUUAUAAAAGAAUGGUCUUACCAGGAACAAAAUCCUUUAACAGUUAGCUGCCAAGUUCUGCCCAAUCAUGAAGAACUACUUAGAGACUUCACACGGUUAUUACCGCCUGGUGAACUCGUGGUUGUUCCUGAAAACGCAACCAUCAAAGAACUGAAAUUUGCAGCAGAGAAAGCUCUGAGGGACACUUACUUCAUAACGGAGACAUUUGAAGUGUUGGAGAUAAGAAACAGGUAUCUCGAGAAGCUAGACGACAACUUGGCUCUAAAAUCACAAAGGAAUACAGAGUUUCUGGUGAAAGGGUUUGGUCUGGACAUAGGCACAGAGUUAAGGUAUGAAGGUGGUUUUGAUGACUGGACUGUUGACUGCAAAUGCGGAGCUAGAGAUGAUGAUGGUGAGAGAAUGGUGGCUUGUGAUGCUUGCAAGGUUUGGCACCACACACUCUGCAAUUCCAUCGAAGACGAUGAAGCUGUGCCCUCUGUGUUUCUCUGUAACAUGUGUUAUGAAGAUAGCUUGAGAUCCAAGAAACGCAAUUUCAGCAUUCGCUAGCCCUAGCUUGUGUUGCAGGAGAUUAUAUAUCAUCCAUUACUGUGGUCAAAAACUCAAAACUUACCAACCAUAGCCAUAGACUAAAUUUUAUGAUGAAGACUUUUUGGCAUAAAAAAUUAUCUGCAUC